UAAGGACUUUUGGGUGAGCAUUCACAGAAAGGUCAAAGUGAAUUCACAAAUAAUCAAGUUAUAGAAAAGGUUUCUGCAUAAAUUCCAGACUUCUCAACAUCAUAUUUUUGUUAUGAAAAUGUUGACAGAAUGAUACAACAUAUUUCUCCUAGUCAGAAGGGGAAAAGUGAAAAUGACACUCAUUUGUUAAACAGGUGUAUUUGAGUGUUAAAUGUGGAAUGUGGCUAAUGUGUAUGCUGCACUGUGAGGACAGCAAACACAGCAGACCUUUGAGAUCUACAGCAAGUAAAGCAACAGGAAGUCAGUUCUUAAAUCCCUUCUCUGUAGAAACAUGCAAUCCAAGCCAUUUAGAGGCUAAUUAUUUGUAAGUUUUAAGGCAAUGUACAAGUUAUCAACAGGCCUCUUAUCUUAAAAAGCUCAGCCCAAAUUAUGAAUCAUUUCAAUGGUGCUGGUGUAUCUCUACCCACAGUUUCAGGGCCAUUUUUGCCUUAUAUUGUACAUAUCUGUAGUUAUUGGGUUUGUUACAAAACUUCUAUUACUAAGCAAAAAUUCUAAUUAUAAUACUGCAGUGAUAUUUUUUGAAAAGAAAAAUCAAAAAAGUUGGUAUGCUACUUCCUGUCCCUUUUAGCUUCAAGGAUUAUUUUAAAUUAUAUUUGCUAGAGAUGUGUUGGCUCUUGUUUUAUUCUGCAUGCACCACAGUCUAUAUUGUUGAAUAUAAGGUGACAGUUAGGAUGCAGGAGUAAUAGAAAUGAGGUCUGGAGUAGGAAAGAAAGUCUUGGAGUAAACACCCCUGCCAAAUGAAAGCUCUUACCUUUGUGUCAUAGUGGGAGUUGGUGCUUCUGUGCUCACUGAUGGCUCUUCACUUGUCUCACAAAUUCCUCUAGAUUCUGAUUUAUAUGAGAAUUUGUGAAGAACUUUGUGUAUUACCCACCAAAACCACUGUUGAUUGCAGAGUUGCAAUUUUUAAAGUUGCCUUUUCCUGUUAGCCCUACAGAUGGGUCUCACCUGUGAUUGGAUCUUUUCCUUCCAACUGCAUGACAGCUGUAGUUUCAAAACCAGCCUUCCGCCUUGCUCUUAUCCAGCUCCAUGUAUCUGCUGUUAAAUCAGAUAAUCUCCAACGGGCCUGUGGGCUGGUGAGGGAAGCAUCAGCUAAAGGAGCAAAACUUGUGGCUCUGCCUGAAUGCUUUAAUUCUCCAUAUGGAACCCAGUACUUUAAGGAGUAUGCAGAGAAGAUCCCUGGGGAAUCAACACAAAAGCUGUCAGAAGUUGCAAAGGAGUGCAGCAUAUAUCUCAUUGGAGGAUCCAUUCCAGAAGAGGAUGGUGGAAAGCUCUAUAAUACAUGUGCUGUCUUUGGGCCUGAUGGUGCUCUUCUGGCAAAGCAUAGAAAGGUUCAUUUGUUUGACAUUAAUGUUCCUGGGAAGAUCCAGUUCAAAGAGUCUGAAACACUGAGUCCGGGGAAUAGCUUCUCCAUGUUUGACACACCAUACUGCAAAGUGGGCCUGGGCAUCUGCUAUGAUAUGAGAUUUGCUGAGAUGGCUCAAAUCUACGGCCAGAAAGGUUGCCAGCUGCUGAUAUAUCCAGGGGCUUUUAACAUGACUACAGGACCAGCUCAUUGGGAACUCUUACAAAGAGGAAGAGCUGUUGAUAAUCAACUCUACGUAGCUACUGUAUCUCCUGCUAGAGAUGAAAAAGCAUCCUAUGUUGCCUGGGGACACAGCACUGUAGUAAAUCCAUGGGGUGAAGUCAUAGCCAAAGCUGGGGCUGAGGAAACAGUUGUAUACACAGAUAUAGAUCUAAAGAAACUUGCAGAAAUACGUCAGCAGAUUCCUAUUUUAAGCCAGAAGCGUAGUGAUCUCUAUGGUGUAGAGAUGAAAAAGUGAAGCUGGGUGAAGAGGGAAUGUUCAGCUGUCACAAUGGCUGUUCCCUUCAUCUUUGGAAGGAUUUCCUUUUACUACCUAAUGUGCCAGUUAAGAAACCAUCACAUAACAAAAAACUUGGUGCAAUUCUAGUAUGAUGGAAACAUAACUUUGGUAUCUCCUCUCAUACUUAAGUAUUUCACAGUAUUUUACAUCUAGGAUGAAGAUGGAGAUGAAAUCAGUUCAACACAGCAGUGAUUAAUAUUGAUUUGUGUGCAUCAUAAUGUUUUAGUUGUCUUCUGAGAGCUGUUUUGUAGAACACAGAAAUGGAAGUCUUGUUCUCUAAAACUCCCUCUGAAGUCAGCUUUGGUAUUAUGAAUUUUUCAGUGAAUUGUCAGAAAAUCUAGAAUAAUGAUUCUUCUUACUCUGUCCUUUUUAGAUGUAUAUAACUUAACCAAGGUCCUUCAAUGCCCUACUUCUAACUUGGAAAACUUAAAAUUUCACACACUGAGCAAAACAGGCCAAAUUCUGCUCUGUGCCACUCAGGACACCUCAAGAAGCUGCCAGACAGAGUUGGUCCUGUAGAAGAAUCUGUAGCAGUUUUUGGUUCAUGUGUUUUGUCUGGGUUUGUACAUUAAAUUCUCCUUAUGGCAAGUCCCGUUCUUUGCUGAAGUGACAUGGGUUACUGUGUUACAGUAAUUCACACAUUGCCACACCUUUACUCUCCAUACUGCUUCCUUAACAGAAUGCCUGAGUGGAUUUUAGUUCUGCUGCCUGGAAAAGGCUGAGGGAGGCAGGUUGGACAACCUGCUGCACUAAGUCCUGCCUAAGGCUUGAAUGCAUUAUUGCUACCAUCCACUGCAGAGAAAACAUUCCUUACUGUGCAGCUUUUGCUGGAGACAAACUGAUUGUGAAAGACUGCUUUAAAAUACUGCAAACCAGCCAAGCAUGUUGCACUUUUGGUUUUGGGGUUUCUUUUUUGAAGGAAGACAUCUUUUACUGUAAAAAGAAUGUAAAAAUUAUGCUUUUUAUUCCUUGGAAUGAAAAAUAGAAGCAACUUACCAGCCUUCACUGAUAAGCUUUUGGUUUUCCAGCAGCAUAAAACAGCUGUAAGGCUAAAAUACAAAAAUGGGAGGGAGAGGAGGUUUUGUCUUGCCCUAGCUAACCACAUUUUCCCCAAAACCAGCUUAUAUUUUGUUCAUGUUCAGCAAUCCUUCUCUUCCUACAGUUUUUUGGUUUUGUGGGGUUUUUGGUUUUGUUUUGGCUUUUUUUAAACAUUUGGCUUCUCUGUAAUGAGCUUGGUGUGUGUUUUAUAAACAAGAACAAACACUCAGCCAAGCCCUGACACGUCCUUCCCCUCAAAAGCCAGAUCCCACCAUUCCACUUGGUGGCAUUCUGUAGUGGAAUUCUGUAUUUUUGGUCUGUACUUUUCACUGCAUUUCAGUGUACAUACUGCACUGGAAUUUUAAGAAACAAGCCACAGAGCACAAGGUGAAAUGAAGGUUUAUUUGUUGAAAAAUAAAUAUUAAAAAAUUAACAAUUUA